CAGUGUGGUAUCUGGUGUCAGGAGGUCACAGAUGCACGUCCGCCCUUGGCUGUAUACCAUGUACAUAUAAAGUACAGUUUCCCGACAAAUACGCGACAUAUUUGACCUUCAGGAUCAGAGACACCAAAAUUAAGACGGUCCAGUCCUAUUUCUGAAGAUGACGUUCUUUAACUUCACCCUUGUUUGUUUGAUGUUGGCUACAAUCUGUAUCCAACACACAUUUGCUUGUUCUUGUUUUCUGGCGCCAAACUUUCCUGAUCGGUACUGCAGCUCAGGGUUUAUUUUCCGGGGAGAAGUUAAAAAUGAAACCCUUGAUCGGAAAGGUAAUUUUGGAUUUGAGGACAAGUACGUGUACACAGUUAAGGUUGACAAGGUGUACAAAUCUACGGAGCUGGCGAAAGAAAAGGUGAACAGCAAUGACAUGGUGCAGCUUGAAACCCCAAAAUACGGCUCGCUGUGUGGAAGACCACUAAGGGUUGGAGGAGACUACCUUAUAUCAGUGACUCCCUAUAUGGUAGCUCGUCAUUCUGUUGUCAUGGCAAUCAAUACCUGUGAAUGGAUUGAGGAAUAUAGCCGGAUCUCCCCAGCCGACAAACGGAACCUCGAAGAUGAAUUUGAAUGCGGUUUUGACUAAUUACACCACUAGGUCGGCACUGUGUACAGAGGGACGGCGCUGCUGUAACAAACUGGUUAUCGAGAAAAGAAUACUAUCGUCAGCAUGUCCUAGUUGAUAUGAAGUGAUGUUUCCGACCCGUAGACAAAACCAAAGAACACGUCUUAUGCAUUAAAGCAAACAUUUUGUUUUAAAAUGUCUUUCGUAUGAAUGUGCAGUUCUCAUUUUUAUUCAGUUAGGCUUCGUCUUACUUAACGUUUUUAAGCAAACUUAAAAGCUUAAAUAUUUGGCAAAUUAAUAAUAAUGUGUAUCCAGGCAAAGCGAUAAAUAUAUUGUUAUAUGACUAUUUUUUUUU